UCCACUGUUUAUAUAGAGGGCGCAGCGGCCAUCUUCAUUCAGUCACAGCGACUCCGGCUAACCGGUGCACUGUCAGGUCCAGGGCUAUUUCUGAAGGAAAUUAAUAUCUUGCCAAAAAUAAAACAUGGUGCGGGAGACCGGCUACUACGAUAUUCUUGGAGUAAAUCCGAAAUCCUCUGCGGAUGAAAUCAAGAAAGCAUAUCGGAAACUGGCCCUGAAAUACCACCCGGACAAAAAUCCAAAUGAAGGCGAAAGAUUCAAACUUAUUUCACAAGCUUAUGAAGUCCUGUCAGAUCCUAAAAAGCGAGACUUGUAUGACCAAGGAGGUGAACAGGCCAUCAAAGAAGGGGGCAUGGGUGGAGGAGGUUUCUCCUCUCCUAUGGACAUCUUCAAUAUGUUCUUUGGUGGUGGAGGAAGAACCCAGAGAGAAAGGAGAGGGAAAAAUGUGGUUCAUCAGCUUAGUGUCACACUUGAAGAAAUGUACAAUGGUUCAACCAGGAAACUUGGUCUCCAGAAGAAUGUGAUCUGUGAGAGAUGUGAUGGUUAUGGAGGAAAGAAAGGGACUCUUGAGAAAUGCUCAAAUUGCAAAGGCAGAGGAGUCCAAAUACAGGUACAACAGAUUGGACCAGGAAUGAUUCAGCAGAUUCAGAGCAUGUGCUCAGAAUGCCAGGGACAAGGUGAGCGGUUCAGUGCCAAGGACCGGUGCAAGAACUGCAAUGGGCACAAAGUGGAGCGUAAAAAGAAGAUUCUUGAGGUCCACAUUGACAAAGGUAUGAAAGAUGGCCAAAGGAUCACAUUCCAUGGAGAGGGGGAUCAGGAACCAGGCCUGGAACCUGGUGAUGUUGUUAUUGUCCUGGACCAAAAGGACCACCCUGUAUAUCGGAGGCAGGAAGACAACCUAAUUAUGAAGAUGCAGAUAAAGCUUGUCGAGGCCCUCUGUGGGUUCAGAAAGACAAUACACACACUAGAUGACAGAGUGCUGAUCAUCAGCUCCCCUGCAGGUCAAGUAAUAAAACACAAUGACUUUAAGUGUAUUCAGAAUGAGGGCAUGCCUGUGUACAGAGCUCCAUAUGAGAAAGGACAGCUCCUCGUUCAGUUUGAGAUUGAGUUUCCAGAGAAACACUGGCUUCCAGAGAAUAUGUAUCCCCAGCUGGAGGGACUGCUUCCCAAGCGAGAUGAGGUCAUGCUGACUGAUGAUAUGGAAGAGGUGGACCUUUGUGAGGUGGAUUAUGAAGCCCAGAGGAGGAAGUACAGUGGAGAAGCAUAUGAAGAUGAGGGUCCCAGAAGCCAUGGAGUACAGUGCCAGACUCAGUGACUUUCUUAUUCAUUGCCUCCAUUAACGCAGCUCCUUUUUUGGUAUCAAAUUUGCACAAAUUUUAAAUUUGAGAGCACCCCCAAUUUGACUUUUCACUGGGUAAUCUGUGAUCAAGACCUAAUUUGAGUAGGAGAUCGAGUUUUGAUCCAAAGUGCUUUAAUAAUCCCAAAAUUUCCCUUCUUUUGAAGUUUGUGGAAGAAACUUUAGUGGGACGGGUACUGACUUUAAUGGUAAGACGUCUCAGAGAAUGUGUACGUACAAUCCAAAAUGGUGGUAAGUAACUAAUUAGUAUGUUGCUUUAUUUGCCCAAGAUGUGGCGGGUUGUUGUGUGUGGGUUUUUUUUUUUUUUUUGCUGUUUGACUUGUAUUACUUGGUUGUGCGUUGAAUCUGUUUUGUGGGUGUGUUCAUUCUGUUCACUUUUAUAUGAGCCCUAACUUGAUUUUGUCUCCCCCAUAUGAAAAAGCUCAAUGCUGAAGAAGGGUAUCUGUAUGCUUUCUAUGAAGGUAAAACCCCUCACUAUUCACCUGUGGAUCAAAUAAAUGUGUUCUUGAAUAAAACACUUAAUUCUCUGUG